AAAAAAAGCUAGAAAAUGUCCGACUCCUCCCAAGAUCCUUGUUCUUCUCUCUCUUCUCUCGCCACCCUCCUCAAUUCCCUCAAGAUCUUCCCGAGAAACUAUCAACUUUUCCUUUCCAUUUUUGCCCUUGCCACCUUCCCUCUCUCUCUCCUCCUCUUCUGUCUCUCUUUCCUCUCCCACCCCACUAAGUCCCGCGUCCACCACCUCGAGGCCUUGGCCCUAUUGACACCGACCCGUUUCGAGGCACGCCACGUCUGGAAGGAGUCACGUGCCGAAGCUCUCUCUCUCCUCCGUCUCAAGGCUCUUUUCUUCUUCCCAUGCUACGCUUUCUCUCUCCUCACCGCCAUAACCGUCGUUAUCUCCACAUACCACUCUUGCCCUGGCAAAACACCCACUUUGCAAACGGCGGUAACAGCCGUGAAAAUCACCUGGAAAAGGCCACUGGUCACCACCCUAUGCAUUUACGUUGUCACCCUAACGUGUGGUGAAGUUCCGGGCACGUUAGCGGCUCAGAUUAGCAACCCGAUUCUCAAGCUCAUCGUUAUAAUUAUCGGGUCGGGCCUCGAAGUGUACACGAUGGCAGUUACCAGUCUGGCAUUGGCGNCUGAAGUUCCGGGCACGUUAGCGGCUCAGAUUAGCAACCCGAUUCUCAAGCUCAUCGUUAUAAUUAUCGGGUCGGGCGUCGAAGUGUACACGAUGGCAGUUACCAGUCUGGCAUUGGCGGUUUCGAUUACUGAAGAGCAAUUCGGGUUUGAUGCUAUAAGGGUCGGGUGGAGUUUGAUGGAGGGGAGGAGGUUAAGUGGGUGGGCAUUAUCCGGUUUGUUUGUUUUGGUUUCGAAUUUGAUUAGUUGGAAGGUGGUGAGGAAGAUGGAUAGCUGGGAUUUGUCGAAGGGAGUAUCAACGGCGCUGGUGAGAUGGUUGUGGGACAAUGUGGGUUGGGAAUGUUUGUAUGGGUUGGUGGUGCUUUGGAGCUAUGUUAUUACAACGGUUUUCUAUUGGGAGUGUAGGAGAAGGAAAGCAAUAAAAGACGAAACUGAUAGUGCAGUUUAG